AAUCAUGAAAAAUCAUACCCAAUCACCUUUUCGAACCAUCAUAAGGCAUAUCAACAGUCAAGCCCACAAUUUGCAACAUAUACGGAAUCAUUAGCAUAAACAAGGUCCAUCUCGAUUAGGGCAAGUCAAUAAUAUCAUACAGUAGUCCAUGGUUCAUCACAUAACACAAAAGUUCAUACACCCUUAAUCAUGCAAUUCUAGUUCACCUAGGUCAAUUCUAAGCAUCAAUAUAAUUAUCGUGAUACGACAAACCCGGUAUGCCGUGCUAAUCCCUCACCAGUUCUGGUCGUUCAAACACCGGUUUAACCUUCCCGUACUAAAACGUCAAUUUCAGGAACGAACCCCGAAUUAAAAUUCGAGACCGUCCUAAUAUCCCCUGCAGUAUCCCCGUCAAUAUUAGUUCUAGGCUCCGGGUCAAAUUCUUAAUAAAAACACAUCAAACCCUGGCCGGAGCUAAAUUCAGCGAUCCCGGCUCCGACCUAAAUUAUAGCCGAAAUUCAGGGAUUAGAACUAGAGGAUUGAUUACCUCGCUGCAGGAAGCUCGUAUAUGAAAUUUGGGCUCAAUCCGGCUUCCGGAUACUCCGAAACCCUAAUUUGGCUUAUCGAGAAUUCAAGAAAUUCCUGAUCCAAAAACUCGUUUUAAAGCUCUAAAUCGAUAAAUCACGAUGCAUAGAUGAAUCAGGCAUUACUUACGGGAUUUUUGGAUCACUAGGGCUCAAGAAUUUGAGCUUUGGAAUUUCCCCUCACGAUGCCCUGUGCGCCUCUGUUUCGCUGCUUCUCUCGGAUGAAAAUGGAAAAACGAUGAGAUGGAGAAGGAAAAUGGGCUGGGGAGAUUAUAUAUGUGACCGCUUACUAAUAUAUAUAUAUAUAUAUAAAAUUAAUACGUAUAAAUAUCCGAUCGAUCGAUAAUCCGAUUUCCGCCGAAAUACUAUCAAAACGCUCGAUUUUAAAUCGUGAACUUUCUAGCGAUCGAAAUAUGGGUUUAGCCGAAACGGGAUGUUACAAUUUAUCUCAAAGGAAGUACACAAUGGAAAUUCAUGAAGAAGCUGAGUUGCUGGAUUCCAAGGGGGUUAGAACACCAAUGGAUUACAAAAUACAUCUCUCCAGUCAGGUUGAAACACCCUAUGAAGACCCAGAACAUUAUCAAACUUUUGUUGGCAAGUUGAUUUACCUCACUAGAACUAGGUCUGACAUCAGUUUUGCAACUCAGCAACUCAGCUAGUUCAUGUCUAAUCCUAGUACCGUUCAUUACAAGGUUGUCCUAAGAGUUCUACGCUACUUGAAGACAGCUCCUGCCACAUGACUCUUCUUCCUAUCAAAAGGCUCUUUUCAGUUGAAGGCAUUCACAAACUCAGAUUGGGCGGCAUGUAUUGAUACAAGACGCUCCACCACAGGUUAUUGUGUUUACCUUGGUGACUCUCUUAUCUCGUGGAAAAGCAAGAAGCAAAAGACAGUCUCUUGAUCGUCUUGUGAGAUCCAAUGGUUGUUGUUUUUGUUGAAGGACUUCCAAAUUAACCAUCCGAAGCCAGCUGCUCUCUUCUGCGACAAUCAAAGCGCCAUAUACAUCGCCCAGAAUCCCACGUUCCAUGAGCGCACGAAGCACAUCGAACUCGAUUGUCACCUCGUGCGUGAGAAGAUUCAAUCUGGUAUUGUCAAACUGCUCCAUGUCUCUUCAAAUCAUCAGUUGGCUGAUCUUUUCACCAAGCCCUUGUCUCCUGCGCCAUUUCAAUUACUUUUCUCCAACCUUGGUGUGCAUAAUCUAUGCCCACCAGCUUACCCGGGGGGGGGGGGGGGGGGGGGGGGGGGGGGGGGGGACAGCAAAUGCAGAUUUGCAACUUUCCCAAUUCCCAAUUUCAAACUCAACGGCUCUCUGUUGUUCGAUGAAGAGGAAGACUGAAGUGGUGCCAUUUUGAUUUACACAAGUCAAUUUCCCGCGACGCUGUCGUUUUGCUCAGUUUCUGUGUUGCUGUUGAACGUUGUCGUUUUAGACUUUCGUUUUUCCCUUUGCUUUCUGCACAAGAACUUUUGUUUCCUAUCCAAACUACCAAACAAGAUUAUGGAGCUGUUUGUCUUCUUCUUUGUAAUCAGUCUAUAUAAGGCAGAGAUGAAAUGAAAGAGAAACAAGCUUGUAGGGUUUUUCAGUUCAACUUGGUUGUUAGCUGGAUUCCCCGUGUUGAAAACUUUGAGGCUCAUCUCUUGCAGCCGCUUUCUUGAUGAUAAUGAUGAUAUCAGCCGCUUUCGGGAUUUGAGCUGCUUAGUUUGGAGAUUCAUGACCCCUUCGGUUUCGAUGAUAUCAGUGUUUCUGCUCCGAAACUCAAAUCGUUUACUUACAGAGAUGUAAUUCGCGACUUCUCUCCAGUGACAGAAGUAUCCUUGGAUGUGCCUUCUUUGCAGCAGGCCAAUAUCUUGUUGUGGGGGUAUAUGGGUUUGCAAUUGCAUGAUGGCUAUGACAAGCAAUAUGCGAACCUGUUGGUUGGUCUCAGUAAUGCGCAAACUCUCAUCCUCCAGUUCGAUACACUUGAGCCGUCUCCAUUUACAAGACUCAAGUCCUUGAGUUUGCUCUAUUCCGAAGAAACAGUUGCCGUAACUUGCUAUGUGAUGCGUUUCUUUUGUGAUGGCUCUCCUUUCAUGGAUGAAAAUUCUGUGAAGCUAACCAAGGUCACUACUUCAUCAUUCUCGUACAAUAUGCAAGUUUCAACAUUGAUGGUGAACUUCUGCAGUUGCUAAGAAGGUGGAGGCUCAAGAAGGUUCUUAAAUUCAACUUGUUGAUUGGGGGGUUGUGGGAUAUGUUGCUAGGCUUAGUUCGGGGAACUCUAUAAAAUAAUUACUAACGA